AUGCCCCAGAAGUCAAAGAAGAAUAAGGGGAAGGAGGAGGAACUGAUGGGGGAGAAAGCUUCCCUCUAUUCUGUUCCUGACAAGAAGAGACAGAAAAGGACACCACCAAAUAUCUCCGAUGUUUCUGUUGAGUUCAGUUGUGAUGUCAACCUGAAGAUUUCUGCACCAGUAACAAUUGAAUGGAUGUAUGGAGUUGUGGAGGAGGGAGUAGUAUAUCCAGGAGAUGUGGAGGUGGUUCUGAAGCUCAACAAUGGACCCAUCAUCUGCUCUGAUGUGACGGAUGCUAACAUCAGCUGUACUGUGACACUCCCCAGAGAUGUCUAUAACAUCUCUAUCACUCAGUCCAAUGACAUUGGCUCUACUGUGGACAGUGCAAGUUUUGAUAUGGCAGUGCUAGUUGUAUCAGAACAAAUUUCCUUGAUACUAAACACUCAAUUGUUGUUUAUCGUCACCGUGAGAAGAAAUGGACUAUGUCCAGAGACUAAGUCUCCAGUUCUAGUAACAUUUGGAACCAUUAGAAAAGUGGCUGGAGGAGAGUGUGAGAUCCAGCAGAAAUCAUCUGAAAUGACCAUCUCUUCUGGAGACUCUGCCUCUUUCUAUGGUGAUGCUGCGCCUAUCACCUUAGGCCCUGAUGAGACAAUCUGCUUUAUAGUCAGCCUUGAUGGAGUGCCUGUGAUAUCUGGCACUAGUUCAAGGAAUGCAUCUACAGCCAUCACUAUUAGUGGUAGUAGCGAUCAAAGUAUUGUUUCAGUUGAUGCUGUUGCAGGUAUUGCGGUGGCUCUCUCUCUGCUGGUGGUUCUGCCAGUGGGUGUGGUUUUUGGCUGCUGUGGAAUGUGGUGUCUGAUGAAGUCUCAAGCUGCAACACAGGAUGUUUCUGUGGUCAGGAUUGAACCAGAUCCCCUGCAGCAGUUGCCAUGUCCACAGCAGAAGAUAGAGUUCAGGUGCCAGAUAUUGGUACCAUCAUUUGUAAUGCAAUGGACCCUUCCAACCGGUGAAACUGUGGAGUUUGGUCAAGCAGAGAACAUUGGAGCUGUUUAUGUUUCAUCUGAUAAUACAUACAGCGCUACUCUAACAGACAGGACGGGGGAUCCCAAUAGUAACAAUAGAUUCUUCUUCACCUCAACUCUACUGGUGUUGGUGCCAGUAAAUGGGUCAAACCUGACUUGUGUGGGACUCAGUGGAGCAGUUGCAGUCAAAGAGAGCACUUCAAUAAUUAUCAGUGGUAACCCAGACCCUCCCCAUGACCUAAGCUAUGACGAUAGAGUUGUGAUAGAGAGUUCAGUAGAUCUCCAGUGGACCAGACCUUCCUAUACUGGGGGAGGGGGAGUAGCUGUCAUGAAGUACUCUGUCAGUGCGAAUGGAAUGAGGCUAGAGGUUGCAAAUAGCAGUCGGAUCGUCAGCUACACCACUUCUCAUCUGGUCUAUGGAGAGGUUCAGUAUGGAAAGGAAGAAGGAGUGGUCUAUCCUGAUACGGAUUUCAUUCUGAGUCUCACUCCCACUGAUGAGACUGCCAGUAGUCAUAUGUUCUCUUCCGGAGAUCCUGCCUGUUCUGAUGUCACCUCUGAUAGCACCUACUGCAAUGUGAAUGUCCCCAGAGAUGUCUACAUAAUCUCAGCUAAUCUCACCAAUGAAAUUGGUUCAACUAUGAACAGCAACCAAUUUGACACACGGGCUGUUAUUGUGACAAAUGAAAUAUUAGAGGAUGGCGAGCCAUUAAGUUUGACAGUGACAGUGAACACUGCUUGCACAGUGAGCUGUCCAGUUACAGUUUCAUUUGGAACACAGCCAGUCAGUAAUGGAAGCUGUGAGUUCCAGCAAAAUGUCACUAGUGAGCAGCCUCUCUCUCCUGGAGACACAACUACCCUCUCAGUGGAGGCUGGCUCCGUCACUAUACAGUCUGGUGAAACAUACUGUUACCUUGUCACUCUUUGUGGCAACCCAGGCAAGUAUAUUCGUGAAGGCAGUGGAGGAGGCCUACCAACUGGUGCUUUGGCUGGAAUUGUUACUUUGAUUAUCAUUAUUAUCUUGGUUGCCUUCGCCAUCAUUGUGCUCUUCCUCUGUCAUAUUGGUAUUGGGGGUCAUAGGAUGCAGAGUUACAAGCGAGGUGACAAGAAGAAACUCAUUGCUCCUGAGGCGGAGGCACAAAACCAGGACCCGGGGACCAUUGAACUUCAAGAAGGACCUAGUGGAGACCUGUAUGCUACACCCCAAAAGCCGAAGAAGGAAAAGGAGGAGGAGGAGGGAGUAGAGACAGGACAGAAGGAACUGACAGAGGAGGAGAAAGCUGCUCUCUACUCUGUUCCUAACAAGAAGUUCCAGACUGGAGAGGACCCUGUGGCUAUUGAACAUCAAGAAGGACCCAGCGGAGACCUGUAUGCUAUGCCCCAGAAGUCAAAGAAGAAUAAGGGGAAGGAGGAGGAAGAGAAGGCAGAGCAGGAGGAACUGAUGGAGGAGAACUCUGCUCCUUACAAGACGAAAUUCCAGACAGCUGGAGAGGUCAGAGUGAAGGACCCGGUGCCCAUUGAACAUCAAGAAGGACCCAGCGGAGACCUGUAUGCUAUGCCCCAGAAGUCAAAGAAGAAUAAGGGGAAGGAGGAGGAACUGAUGGGGGAGAAAGCUUCCCUCUAUUCUGUUCCUGACAAGAAGAGACAGAAAAGGAGUGGAGGGUUGAAUUAUGCAGAUAUAGUGAUCACCUCCACCUCCAACCCAGCCCCUCCGCUGUCUGGAGGAUCCACUUACGCCGUUAUAAACAAAAAUGACUAAAAGUCACUGAUUGACAAAGAUGCUACAUGACUAUGCGAUUUAAUUGUGUAGUAUUACAUAGUGUCGUUUAUGCAUAAGAGUAGUUUUUGUUUAUGAGCUAAAAAGUGUUUAAUUUGUUACAUGUACGUACAUAUAGACAUGUAUAUAAUAAUUUGAUUAAUUUAAUUAAUUGAUUGCUAUGGGCCUGCUCUCAGUUUAUGGGGGGUUGCAAUCUCAAGUAUGCGUAAGUCAUACACAAAAACCCCAUGAGAAUGAACAUCCUGAUUCACGUAGUUUAUCGAGAUUCAUUGAUGUUGCCUGAGUCAUGGUAGGAGCUAUAUACACGCAUCACAGGGAAAGGACUGCUGCCAAUGUCUUUGGGUGUUGUAUUCAGAUGAAAGAAAAAUCCACUCACUCACUAUACGAGGCAACAACUUGUUGCUCAAAACACGAGAAAGUUUGCCCUGUGUAUGAUUACAAGUUGCAGAGGCCUCUUGCACUGGUUUUUCAGCAAUAAUUAGGAAAUAAUGUUCUGUUUCUGAAAGUUUGUUGCUGCAAGUUGCCUUGUGUAUGAUAUACAAUGGACUUUAGAACACUCUGCUCAAACUAAGAGUAAUGACACAUUGACUCAGAAGAUUGAGGCUGUACAAUAAUAAUGGUAGCAGAAACGUUAGCAGUUCCAUCUCAAUCCAUUUUUGUUUUACAUUCAUGUCAGGGUGUAAUUGGCAUGUGAAGUGAAAUGAAAGUCAUAGCUAUCUGAUGCUGUCACUAUGAAUACAUGUGAAACUGCUGCAGCUCAGUUUCUUACUUUUUGCUAAAGGCUUUCUAUAAUACCACAAGUAGCUGUUUUUCAAGAGCUGUGGAUAAAUUAAUAAUUAUUCUAACUUUGAAUUUCAGCACCACCAAAUAUCUCCGAUGUUUCUGUUGAGUUCAGUUGUGAUGUCAACCUGAAGAUUUCUGCACCAGUAACAAUUGAAUGGAUGUAUGGAGUUGUGGAGGAGGGAGUAGUAUAUCCAGGAGAUGUGGAGGUGGUUCUGAAGCUCAACAAUGGACCCAUCAUCUGCUCUGAUGUGACGGAUGCUAACAUCAGCUGUACUGUGACACUCCCCAGAGAUGUCUAUAACAUCUCUAUCACUCAGUCCAAUGACAUUGGCUCUACUGUGGACAGUGCAAGUUUUGAUAUGGCAGUGCUAGUUGUAUCAGAACAAAUUUCCUUGAUACUAAACACUCAAUUGUUGUUUAUCGUCACCGUGAGAAGAAAUGGACUAUGUCCAGAGACUAAGUCUCCAGUUCUAGUAACAUUUGGAACCAUUAGAAAAGUGGCUGGAGGAGAGUGUGAGAUCCAGCAGAAAUCAUCUGAAAUGACCAUCUCUUCUGGAGACUCUGCCUCUUUCUAUGGUGAUGCUGCGCCUAUCACCUUAGGCCCUGAUGAGACAAUCUGCUUUAUAGUCAGCCUUGAUGGAGUGCCUGUGAUAUCUGGCACUAGUUCAAGGAAUGCAUCUACAGCCAUCACUAUUAGUGGUAGUAGCGAUCAAAGUAUUGUUUCAGUUGAUGCUGUUGCAGGUAUUGCGGUGGCUCUCUCUCUGCUGGUGGUUCUGCCAGUGGGUGUGGUUUUUGGCUGCUGUGGAAUGUGGUGUCUGAUGAAGUCUCAAGGUAGAAAGAAGAGAAGAAUGGCCCCACCACUGUACGAGGAGCCAGUAAAACCUGUUUUUUCUCUGACUGAGAACCAAGCAUAUGGACAGGUUGCACGUCGACAGACGACCAGCUGAAUGUAACUUGCAACGGGAGCUGGAAAAUUCAGUAGCUAAUUUAAGUUAGCUGUGUGAAUCAUUCAUGUAUUAUUAUAUACAUAAUUAUUACUUAGCAAUGACUUUUGAUUUACUAA